AUGGCAAAGCGAGGCUAUGCCGCAGAGCUCGAGGAGCUGGACAAUGAGGAGGAUGAGGAAGAUGAGGCUUGCACGUUGUGCCACGUGAUGUUGGCAUCGGGACGGCCGCUUGCACCUGUACGUCCCUUUUGCGUGCUGGAUGUUGUGGGAUCGAUUCUCUGCCAGGAGGAUGAAGAUGCAGAAGUCAGCUUGUCAGAUGACGAGCUGAUGACUCUGCUCCAUGACAUCCAAGAAAGGGACACGUGCUUGGCAAAGAAAGUUCCGUUGCUGCAGCUGGAGAGUAACAAGCGGGCCAUCCAGCUCCUUCGGCAGCUGGACAGACUUGACAAAAGCUCCAUCUCUACAUUGAAGAACGAAUACAAAAGACGUGGGUUUGCCUUCGAUGCUUCCAUCCGCAAGGAAAGCCUAUUGGCAUCUCUUAAAGAAGUUGCCGUCUACGAGAAUCUGAAGCUGGAACACCUUCGCGCAGUCUGCAUGAAUCACAACCUACCUGCAACCGACGGAAUGCGACGUCCAGGGCUUCUGCAGCUUCUGGCGGAUCAGUCAUGGCACAGCCUUGGCAUCCCCGUGGAGCAGCUGCCCAGCUUGGUUGUUGCACACGGUGUCCUGGACUCCUUGGCGGCACUGAAUUCCAAAAACCUGGCAGAUUUGUGUGCACAGUGUCACCGGAUGGGCGUGCCUCUGGAGACCAAGCCUGAGAAGCCUGACCUCGUGGGGCGUCUCAGCAAGGCGAUGGUGUGGAAGCAGAUGGAUGACUCAAUCCUCAGGCGGGAGUGCGCCAAGAGGGGAGCUCCUGUGGACGACAUCCCGGAGCCGCUUCAACAGCCAGGCGUCAAGCUGAUUGUCAACAACAGCUGCAAAGCCGGCCGCCAAAAGUUGGAAAGGCUGCUUCUCCAGUCGCUGUGGCUUGACAUCUGGAAGGCAGCUGGCAUCACUGUCCAGAGCUUGGGAAGCCAUGAGGCAGCAGCGGGCCUCUUUGCCGAGGUGGAACGCCUGCACCGGGAAGACUUGCCUGCGAUCCAGGAGCGGUAUAAGGCUUUGGACCUGCCUCUGCAGCAGGUGCAAGAUCGGCGCUGGGUGCUUCAGCGAGUCAGCGAGUCGCUCUUCUGGGAAGCCCUGCCGCUUGCUGAAUUGCUGGAGGAGUGCGAGAUGCGUGCGCUGCACGUUAGUCCUGCCGAGCGUGAUGCAGACCGUGCUGCUGAGACAAAGCCCGUGUUGGUCCGCAGGCUGGUCAAGGACUCCUGCAUCCGUGCUUGGGUAAAGAUGGGCAUCCCUGUGGCCCGUCUGGGUGAUGCGCGUGCUGCCGCUCUGGUUGCAGAGGAAUGGCAGAGCCUGGACAACAUCAGCAGCGGCGAUUUGAAGAUCAAGUGCGAGCUUCAUGGCGUGCCACCGGAUGCCACUUUGGAGAGGCACGACUUACUCCAGCUGCUCAAAGACGUGGCAGUUUGGGAGUCAAUGCCUCUGCACGAGCUGAAGGCUGAGCUGGCCAAGGUCACGGGUCCAGGAGUUGCCCCUGCACCUGAAAAAGGCGAUGGUUGGAAGGAGCAAAACGGCCUCGUCGAGCAGCUGCUGCUACUCAGGUGUGCCGAGGCCUACGAAGCCAAGGGCAUCCCUGCACGACGCAUUGGCUCUUUGAAGGCUGCGGCAAAGCUCGCGCAGGAGCUGAAAGACUUGGAUUCCCAGGAUGCAGCAAGCUUGAAGGCAGACUGCCGCAACCUGGGACUGCCUGUGGAGCACUUGCGCCUGCAGGAGCUUCGUGAUUUACAUCGGGAGGUUGCGCUGUGGCGCGCGCUCCCUUGCGGGGAGCUACGCCUAGAGUGCCGCGCGCGAAACGUGUCCUGCCCCCAACCGCAAGGCAUGGUGUCCGAGCAGGAGCUGAAAGAGAUGCUUGUGGAUGCUCUGCUCGUGGAGAAGUGUGAGGCCUGGUACGAGCGCCGUGGUGUUCCGGUUCGGCGUUUGGGCUCAGUAACGGCGGCUGCUCGCUUGGCAGAGCGCUGGGAACAGCUGGACCAGCUCAGUGAAGGCGGCCUCCUGUUCAAGGCCUCUGCUUUCAGCAUCCACGUGGACAAAGACCUCAAAAGGUCAGAAGUUAUGGAGCGGAUCAAGCAAGCAAUCUUGUGGAGUGAGCUGCCCCUGCGCGAGCUCCAGAAGGUUUGCCGCGAGCACAAGGUCAACUCCGUCGCACGCGAGAGCCAGAAGAAGGAGCUGUUGCACCGCCUGGCCUCUGCUCUCUGGCCGCCGCCGCCUCCAGAACCGCCCCGGCCACCUCCGAACUUCAACAAUUUCGGCCCGCGGGACUGGCAAAGGAACUUCAAAAAGACCAACAUGCCGCCUCCAAACCUUCCAAAGGCCAUCAAUCCUAAAACGCUUCUCCCUCACUUCAAGACGUUGGGCCUGGCUCCAAACUCAAGCCCUGCGGACGUGAAGAAAGCUUAUCGCAAGCUGGCACUGAAAUACCACCCGGACUGCAUGUCAGCAUGUGCCGGUCAGCGGGGUUCGUCUUAA